GCAAGGUAUUGUGCCCGAAAAUUACAAUCGCUACCGGAGAACUAUAUAAUAACCAGCGGUAGGGCACAAUUUCGCAGUUCCGCAGGAAGCAGCCGCCAUGAAGGCCUUCGUUGCAAUCUCCCUCUUGUCAGCAGUAUCCCUGGCUUAUGCUGCGCCAAGAUCCGCGUCAAAGUCUGACUUGGGCGUUAGCUUCGGCGCUGGACCUUUCGGAGCAGGAUCGGCUGGACUAUCUGGGCCUGUUGGCGCAGGCCUUUCAGGUGGAGCAGGCCCUAGCAGUUCAUCCGGAUUUAGUGCUCCUGGCGGACUAAGUGUAGGAGUUGCAGGUCUCCCGAGUGCUUCCAGCUCUUUCUCUGGAGGUUUCGGUGGUUUGGCUGGCGGUUUCCCUGGCGCCUCUGCUAGCGGCCCGAGUGCAGCAUCCUUCUCUGGUUCUGGUCCUUCCGUCGGUGCCCGCCCUGAAUCAGCUGGAGCUCCUGGACUUAGCGCUGGAGUCUCAGGUGGCCUAGCUGGUGCCCAUGGAGCCUUCCUUCCUAGUGGAGGCGUCUUUGGUUCAUGGGUUCCUGGCGCCUACAACGUAUGGCCAGUGUACAGCCCAGAAUAUUACGGAUACGGUGGCGUCCCUCUUGUUGGCGGAUAUGGCUACGGUCCUUUCGUAGGCGCCUUCGGUGAUAGCGGUUUCUGGGACGGCCUCGGUGGUUAUGGCUACCCUGCCUUCGGAGGCUCCUGGCUUCCGUAUGGUUUUGGAGGCUUUGGAGCUUCUCCGUCUGCGGCUGGUUCCGCUGGCUCUGGCGCCUCUUCCUCUGCAUCAGGUUCUCUCGGCAGCCGGGGCGCAGCUGGAGGCUUUGGAGGAGUAUCUGGAGCAGGAGCAAGUGGAUCUGCCGGUACGAGAGGCCUCAGCCAACCAUCAGCCAAGCUGAACUGACAUCCUACCUUGUACACUCUACACGAUCCAAUCCUAAAUCUCGGACAACUAAAGAAUCCAACAAGACGCUUCAACGUGUUAAAUAGACAGUUCCCCAGCACGCGUUCAAGAAUCACACAAUGAAUAAAAUAGCCCAGUUCCUAAUGAAAUAAAGUUCUUUGUAGUAA